AUGUCCACCGUCGUCAUUAUCAACACCAAUUCGCCCCUUGGGCUCGCCACGAUCCGCAGCGCCUGCCGCCAGGGGCUGGACGUGGUGUCUCUCUCCGUGAAGGGCCACGCCGAGCACAUCGGGCGUCUCCCGUACACAAACCCGGAGCUUGACGGCCGUGUGCGCUAUGUCUACGCCGAUGAGGCGGAUCUGCAGGACCCGGCGGCGGUUGUGGAGCGGUCCGGGCUGCUGGACGGCCUUGCCACGGUGGAGCUGCUCGUGACGCUCAACGCCACGGAGGACGUGUUUGAGAAGUGGGACCUCGUGUUGGUGGAGGAGCUUUUCCGGCGCCAGGUGCUCACGGCCCGGUCUGCGGUCGUCGUGGGCAGAAGCUCCGACAAGACGAUCUACACCACGAACGGCGCCCUCGAGCGGUACGUGGAGCGGGUGGCUCAGAAGCUCAGCGCCGGCGGCGUCUACGUGGGCAACCUCGUGCAGCUGGGCGCCAUGGCUGGGGACGAGGACUACGUGGCAGAGAGCAUCACGGGCGAGCUGCUCCGCAACGACUUCCGGGUCGCCAAGGUGGACUCCGUGGCUGCGCUUCUUUCGUACCUCGUGUUCUACCUCCUCCCGGGUCUGAUGCUCGGCUACGCCGUCGACGCCAAACGCUACCUUGGCGGCUCCAAGAGCAAAAGCGACUGA